CGUUAGUGGGAGUUGGGCGUUAUCCAUCUACGCGAUACAUCCACGGGUGUCACUCGGUACCUCGAUAAUCACGGAUGCCGAGGUCGCGAACAAUGAGGGGGUGGGAAACUCCCUUUAGUAAUACAAGCGCCGGCUCCGAUUACACACCAUCAAGCCUCCUCCCACCCGUCCCAACUGCAUCCACAUCCCAUGAGCUGCCCAGACUGCUUCAAAGGGUCGAUUCUCGAGGGAACGCCGGCAGGGAGCAUUGAAGAACGCUUCCACGGCGCGUACUUCGCUCCGGCGGCCACCACGAGUACCACCGGCAGCAAACGCGCCAUCGUGCUGUUGACCGACAUAUUCGGGCUCCCGUUGAAGAACUGCAAGGUCAUUGCGGACGAGUUCGCUCGACGCCUCGGCUGCGAUGUGUGGGUGCCCGAUCUGUUUGCAGGCAAACCGUUCCUCACGCCGGAGGCGCUGCAGCAGUUCCCGGAGAAGGCCGGGCAGAAGAUGGGUGUGCUCGGAGGGCUCAAGUUCGCGGUCACGGCGCUGGGUGUGCUGCCGUCGUUCAUCCGCAACCGGCCCGCGGUUGUUGAUGCGCGUGUCGUUUCGGCGAGUGCGAUCCGCUGCGUGGAAGCGAUCCAGGCUGAAAAGAAGUACGAGAAGAUUGGGGCUAUCGGUUAUUGUUUUGGUGGCGGUGUUGCUGUGCGUCUGGGCGGAAGUUCGACUAUUUUCGACUCCAUUAUCAUCGCGCAUCCCUCGCCGCCGAGUAACGCGGAUAUCCUCUCCAUCAAGGCGCCUGUUGCGUGGGUUCUAGCUGAGGAGGAUUUCAGUCUGUCGCCUAAGCGCGUUGCUGAGAUCGAGGCGCUCUAUGUGGACCGGCCGGACGCUGAGCAUCAGUUCAUUACGUACAAGGGAACCACUCACGGAUUCGCGGCGCGGCCCAACUUUAAAUACCCCGAGGUCAAGGAAGCGUUUGAGAAGGCGUUCGAAGACUCGGUCGCUUGGUUCGAGAAGACCAUCCCGGCGCAGAGCAUUUGA